AUGUGCGGAUCCGACUUGUCUCCCAACAAGGGGGGCGCCAUUGUCAUCGGCAGCGAUGGGGAUUCUACCUACAUCGAGCUUCACCGGUGCACGGUAGAGAAGAGCGAGACUGGCCUGGAGAUAGAGGACGACCCGCAGGGGGAAGGGGGCGCCGUGGCGGUAGCUUGGGGUAUCACCCUGCUGGUGGCGGACAGCCUGCUUACGGACAACUACUGCGGCAAGAAGCCGUGCGUGCCGUAG